AACCUUGGUUAGUAGGCGGUUCCGCAUCAGAAUUCAGUUACUCAGCCACAAAUAAAUCGAGCUUUCUAGACAAACUAAACAGGGCUGUGGUCGUAAAGACUCGUGUUGUGAAAAUAUGUGCCAAAAAUUUAAAGUUUUUAAAAUUUCGAUAAAUUUCUAUUUAAUUGUUAAGGUUUUAUCUUGUAGCUUUAAGAACGCUUUUAAAAUUAAUUCACUUCAUUUGUCCUCAGCAUCUUCACAUCGGCGCUUGUUUUUAGCAAACACACGUUUCACCCAAUAUGUGGCGACUCAUGUCCACAUUGUGGUGAUUAUGCCAAGAGAAAACAUUCAUAGUCCCUGUGUCAUAAUACCAGUAGCAAACUCUACCCAAGCAACAGCCUGCUAUUAUUUUUUUUCUUUUUUGAAUGGCAGCCUAUUUCUGUUUAUGCUGCACAGUUGGAUAUAGCCCUCAGGUGAAACAACACACACCCACACACACAUUUCUAUGCACAUGGUCACACAUAUGCAGGUUCAUUAGCAUGCUAAUUGGUGAUGAGGACAGUGUGGUGUGGAGGUGGUAGAGAGCAGCUCCAGUAUAUUAAUCACAGGCUCAGGGAGACCAUCUGACUUCCCAAGCUGCUCUCUCAGAGGCCUCCGCUUCUGCAAAGUGUGGGAGGAAGAGGGUUCAGAGCGCCGUAUGACCGCGCUGCACCCAUGUGGAAGCUACAUAGGCUCCUCUUCAUCGGUGCACUGAGGUACCGCCGUCCACCCACUCGGCCCAAAUGCUAGCGUCUCCAUUUUGAGUCGGCCACGGUCACUCUCCAGCCAGCUGGAGAACAGGGAGCGCUCUGUGUGUCUUUUCAAUCCAUAAACUGUACAUUUAUAGCAACUUUCAUGUGUUUCAUCUGACUUUAUACGUAAUCUCUCCCCAUCAAGACUUUCUAAAAGCGUUACUGCAACUCUUUAAUUUUUUAGAUUCUUCUAUCUGUUUCUCCAGAAUUUAACUGGUUUUCUAUUCUUUAUUUUGGAUUUUAAGAGUGACAAGGAAGUCUUCUGUUCAAAACUAAUCCUGUUUACUUCAACAACAAAACUGUGAAGAUUCGAAUGAUGAAAUGUGUAAUUUUGAAGCUGUACAAUUAAAUAAAUUAAUACGGUGAUUAUUCUUUAUGUUUCAGUUUUAAAUGACAGGAAGAAAAUGUUGACACUGACCUUUAUGUCACCUUGAAAUAUGGCCAAGUGCUGCAAAUGUAGCAAAUAUAGCUGUGCUUUCCAGCUUGCCAAAAAAUAACUUUUGAAUGUGAUAUCACUAUAUGCACCAAAAGUUAAUGGUAUCAAAAUUUGGAAGAAAAAUGCCCACAACACAUGUUGCCUUCAGAGAACAUCUGUAUUUACAUGUGCAAGGUUGGAGGAGAAGCAAGUUGGUCAAAAUGUUUGAAUAUUUUUAAGUUUUCAUUACACAACAUCAUAUUAAGCCGGUAUGGUCUGUCCGACAUUUUUUAUUUUAUUUCCUUUUUUUGUUUGUUUUUUUGCGAAAGCUGGUUUAAGUGAAGGCUACCUGAGAGAAUGUGCAGCACAAUUCCAACAUGGAAGUGGAAAGUCAUCAAACACGUCCAGGAAGUCACAGCGGACCAAGAAACAAGAGAGCAGCACUGCAGUCUUGAUUCUUCACCAGCUGUGUGUCGUUAGCUCAUUACACUCUGAUUGGUCAGGGCUGGCUCCUGCCGACAGUUUUAAACCCUCAUGCUGUCACAGUUUCACUGCUGCUCUUCACCAUGAUGACUUCUCAGGUCCUGCUGGGGGCGUCCCUCUUUGCCUGGCUGAUUUUGGAUGUUUGUGGAUUGUCUGUGAAAGGUUUGCAAUCCCAACACCAGAGUAGCGGUGGCACCAGUGCAGGGGGGAAUGUUGAUUCUCACAGAGCAGGUUCUGGCUCCAGUGAUCCUGCAGGUGUCUUUAUGCGACAGCCCAGUUGGCCCCAGUCUGUGCAGCCUGUGUUUGCCGGUGUGAGAGCUAUGCCUGCCGCUGGAUACGCUACAGGUCCUGUUCCAGCUGGAUACUAUAGUGGUGCUUCCUACAUACCAGGUUCUGCUGCUGGCUCUUCACGGGCUGCAGCUGGUCAGCCUUCCCUCCCAGAAGCAAAGUGGACAGUUGCUCCUCAAGCCUUUGAGGAAGCAACCAGUGCAGAACCCCAGGGGUCCAGUGCCCUUCAACCUGGAGAAACCUCCAAUGUCGUGAAGGAAGCUGAACCCGGGAACUACCAGCAGCAGCUGGACGCGUUUGGUUAUCCAGCUGGUCAUAUGGGGCCUGGCCAAAGUCUUGGUGUGGGUGGCUUGUGGGGCUACUCUUCUCCCUAUGCCCAUCCAUGCCCUUUUCCCUACCCUUACUUUGACUACAGACUCUUGUAUGGUCUGUACCCUCCUGGCACCUACACUACUGUCAGCAGAAACCAUGAGAAGGGCAAAGACUACUACAGACCAGGCACUAGCAGAAAGAACAUGGGUCUGAUGCUCCACAAAUGGCCCAGAACCCUGGAACUGGCCAGCAGAAGGUCUAACCAGAUGAGGACGUGACUCUGAAACUGAUGACUGGUCCAGGCAGACGACUUGAAUUAUUCAAUAAAGUCUUCAAAUCUAAA